AUGUCAAACGCUACAACUGUUCGGACUGUAUGCAGAGUUAUACGUAAUAUUGUCUCAAGAUCACCAGAACUACGAGCUUCCUUUUUAAAAUUAGAAUGUGGAACAGGUGAUACUGAUCUAGAAAAAUUAUUGAAUUUAGCCCUGAAAAACUCGUCUUGUUGUGAUCAAGCUAAAGCAGCUCUUUGUGAUCUGAAAUGUACAGUUGAACUUCAAGAACCUUGGAAAGGAUCUCUGAA